AAUGGCUUCUCCUGCAUUCUCCGUUCUUCCUCUUCUCUUCUUCUUCUUCAAUCUCUGCUUCCACGGCACUUACGGUGACUAUGGAGGCUGGCAAGGCGGCCAUGCCACUUUCUAUGGCGGGGGUGAUGCAUCCGGCACAAUGGGGGGAGCUUGUGGGUAUGGCAACUUGUACGGCCAAGGCUAUGGCACUAACACUGCAGCACUAAGCACUGCUCUGUUCAACAAUGGGCUGACCUGUGGUGCAUGUUAUGAGCUCAAAUGCAAUGAUGAUCAAAAAUGGUGCCUCCCAGGAACCAUUACUGUGACUGCUACAAAUUUCUGCCCCCCGAAUCCUUCUUUGGCUAAUGACAAUGGUGGCUGGUGCAACCCUCCCCUCCAGCACUUUGACAUGGCUGAGCCUGCUUUCCUGCAGAUUGCCCAAUACAGAGCUGGGAUUGUCCCAGUGUCUUUCCAAAGGGUUCCAUGUGUGAAGAAAGGAGGCAUAAGGUUUACAAUCAAUGGGCACUCUUAUUUCAACUUGGUAUUGAUCAGCAACGUCGGCGGAGCGGGGGAUGUCCAUUCAGUCUCAAUUAAAGGGUCCAAAACAGGAUGGCAACCCAUGUCAAGGAACUGGGGCCAAAACUGGCAGAACAACAACUACCUCAAUGGCCAGAGCCUCUCCUUUCAAGUCACCACCAGUGAUGGAAGGACCAUCACCAGCUACAACGCGGCGCCAAGUGAUUGGCAGUUUGGACAAACAUUUGAGGGGGCUCAAUUUUAGGCUAACCAAAUUGUGUUUUAGAUUUGUGAGAGACUAGAGAAAUUUGGAGUCCAUUGCUGUGGUGUCAAGUUAUUUGAUUACUAGCUAGCACCCGCUUAGGCUAUAUGUGUGUGUACAUACCGAGGGUAAAGUUGUAAUUACCCUCGAACAGAGAUAUUCAAUUGGGUCCAUAGAUUGAAAUCAAGGGCUAUAGAUAGAUAAUUGUUAGCCCUGGCUUGACAUCAGGGCCAUGAAUAUCAUAUUAAGUCUGUUGAUUUAGUGCCCCACUUGGAAUGGGAACCCAGUUGGUAGGCCAAGGUGAUGUUAGUGAAUUAUAUCCUACAAGAUACUGAUCCAUUGUACAUUUCCUAUUCACCUUGAUAAGUUGACUUAUUUUUGUGGGGAAGAUAUAUAUAAUUUACGUGUACACAUAUUUAUAUAAGAAUGAUGUA